CGUGGGAGGGAUGCUCGCCGAAAAUCUGACAUGCUAGCUCCUGCUACAGCAAAGCAGCUGCCAGGCAAUUACAGCAGCGACGUUUCGAGAGAGGUGGCUACCGAAACUAAUCAACAGGGCCGUCCAGCACCUGAAAAAAUCAAUCGGGUUUAUAAGUAACGGCCAUCAAUCAGACGCCGGUUAACCUUGGGAAGAUACGCGGAAGUAUAAUUCAACGUCAACGGUUUUGACAUAUUAUCGCUGACAACAUGGCUGAAUUUAGCAUCGACCAGAAUAAACUACCUGGAGUGAAAGAGGUGUGUCGAGACUUUGCAGUGCUGGAGGACCACUGCCUGGCCCACAACCUCCAGGAACAAGAAAUCGAGAGCCACUUGGCGUCCAACGUCCAUAAGAGCCGUUUGGUGCAGCAGGACCUGCAGGUGGCCAAGAAGCUCCAAGAGGAGGAGGAUCUGAGGGCCAAGGCUCAGAGCCACAAGCAGCACCACGACCUUGAGCGCCAAGAUAAUGAGAUCGCCCAGGAGAUGCAAGAACAACUGGUCCGACAGGCUGAAAAACAAAGAGAACAGGAAGAGAUCGAUGCGGCCAUAGCUCGUAAGCUGCAAGAGAAGGAGAUGAAGGAGGAGAGGCGGAGACAGAAGCACCUGGAGGCAAACUUUGAGGAUGAAUACUACGAGGAUCAUGGAGCUGCAAGACAGCCCCUUGACUUGGACAAAAGCAGACGUUACCACUCUAGUUCCCCAGGCCGACACAAUGCGCACACUCGAGGCAGCUCAAGUCGGGAUUAUUCCCCUGAUUAUAGCUCAUCAGAGCCCAAAAGGAGUAGGUACCCAAGACAGGACCCUGCAGCACCCCACAGCCACUCCAGAUACCCAGAGCACUACCUAGUGGCAGAAGGAGGGCAUAGCAGGCAUGCAGAUCCAUACCCAGAACACUUGGUGCCCUCCAGAGGCAAGCAUGGGGACAGAUACCCGGACUAUCAGCCCCCUGAGAUCAGCAGAACCAGGGGCCAAAAGGGAGAGUAUGGAGAGAGGGUGGUGAGGAGGAAGGAGAGACCAGCCAGACCACCCCCACCACACAGCCCCAUAGAGAGAGACAAGGCCUUGGAUCGGGAGAGAGACAACAAACAAAGAGACAGAGAGAGGAACAGACAUCAAGAUCGAGAGAGGGGCAGGGAGCAGGAAUGGGACAGAGAUCCAGGAAAGGACCAUAGAAGAGACAGGGAGCGGGAGAGAGAAGGGGUCAGAGACAGGGAGAGAUCAAGAGACAGAGCACUGAGCGGGGACAGACACAGAGAGACAGACAGACAAAGGCAUAAAGACAGAGACAAACACCGAGCAAGAACCAGAAGCAGAGAGAGAGGGCUUGAAGAGCACUUGGAGCCUGUGUUGGGCCACAGCAGAGACUGGCUGAGGGAGGACAGGGUGUCCUGGGAACAGGAAGAUGAUGAUAAUGAGAUGGAGAGAAGGGGCAGGCAGCGUGUCCACUCCGGCCUGGGGGAGGUGUUUGAGGAGCACAGGAACGACGAUGUGAGAGGGGAGACGAGGGAGUUGUGGGACCCUUGGCAAAGGGAGGGCCCUGGCAGGGAACGCAGUCAUACUCACCCCAUCAAAGAGACAGGUCGUAUCGUGCAUCGUGGGGGUGGAACAGUAGUUGCAGGAAGUGAGUAUGGGCUGAGUGAGGCCACCCAGGGCCUGACGAGACUGGACCUCCGUGAGCAGGAGCUCAGAGACAUGGAAGUGGCCAGGAGAAUGCAGGAAGAGGAGAUCAAGGCAAGUAAGAUGGACAAGCGUGCAGCUCAAGUGGCGCAGGAUGAGGAAAUCGCUCGGCUGCUUAUGGAACAAGAAAAGAAGGAGUUCAGGAGGAAAGAGAGGGAGCGGGAGAAAGAGAAGGAGAGGGAGAGGCUGGCCAUGGAGAGGAUGGCGAUGGAAAGGAGGCGGCAAGAGGGAGACAGGCCAAACUCAGAGGAGGUUGUCCGACCCAGGUCACGAGAUGAGCAUGAAUACCAGAAGCAGAAGAACCACAACAAGCCUUCCAGGCCUCCUCAGCCUCGUACACACGACUACGAGAAUGUGAACUCCAGCUCUGGCUACGGCUACUCAGACAACCCUUUCUCCCCCCGCGCUCCCUCCAGGCCUGAGGCUGCUUAUAAAGGUGCCUAUUACAGGCAGUGACUCAGGCUCCCUGUGUUGUCCAGGCAAUCUGUCAGUUCUCCUUUGUCACCUUUUUCAUUCAUCUUUUUUUCUUUCUCCAACCAUUCACACUCUGUUGACCAAGAAGCUUGGGACAAUCUAAUGAGUUGGCAAUGGGAUUUUUCUAACACCCUCCAGAGUUUAGUAGAAAGUUGGUGUCUUCGAGUGCUGGAAAUAUGCUCCUCUCUCCCUCCUUUUUUUUUUUUUUUUUUUUAAAUCAAUCAUAUACAUGUGAUUACUGGCUCAACUGGCUCAACACCAAGACAAGCCAAAAGAGCGGCCUUGUGACAUGAACUCCCAUGGUUCUUAGCUGUUGAAUUAGAGCAACCGGAUCCUCUUUUGCUGUGGUCAUCAUGUGCUGAUGUUCCGUCCCAUCUCGGGGAACCGUGCCAUCACAAGGGCUUGAAGCCUCUGCUGGAUAUAACCAUGCAAACUCAGUUUCCUCAUCUCUUCACCGUGGGAUGUGCCUGUGUUUGAUCCAACAUGGCUGCUACAGUGUCUUAGACAAGAGUCGGCAGCUGCUUUGUACUCCCCAGCUGCAGUUCUGUCCACCUGUCGUGCUGUGCAACAAGGCUUUACAAGCCCCGUCCAUGUGCCACACUGCAUACGACUCCUUUUGAGGGAACGUUUCUAUCGUUUUAUUCAUAGAAAACAAACAAAAAUCAAAACAAAACUAUAUCAAGAUGCUGGGUGUUUUGGCUUACAUGUUUACCACUCUUUCUAAAUCCAGAGGAGAUGGUGCUUUGUGAUGAUCCAUGGACAUGUAGCUGGCUUUAGAUCAUGUCUUCUUCUGCUUGUGACGGGCAUUUUUUGACCUCAUCGCCCUCAUAAUGAGAAUAAGCACAAGCAGAGGGAUGAGGGACGCUCUGUGUAUGACUCUGUGUUUCUAUGUGCAUGCUUACUGAAAUUGUACAACUUUGUACAUGCAUUUCUGUUCUCUAUCAAAUUAUCUGGCUCCCUCCUUAUAUUCAACAAGGGCUAAAGUUGCACAAACAGCCAGUAACCUUCUCUUUGUGAAUGAACAAAAUAUGUGCUAACCAAUAUCCUGCUGGAAACUGAAUCACUUUUCUGCCUGUGUUUGAUAUCGGCUUGGUCAUUUACAGACCAAAACUAAUAGGCCAUUAUGUUUUAAGCCCUUCAAAGAAUGGAGCGGUACCGAAAUGCAUGUACAUUGCCGGUCUGUGUCAAACUUUAAUUCAUGCUUGUGCUGAUGGCACAGACCUAGUGUGAUUGAACAUUUGCUAGUGUUGGAUUAUUUAAGUGUAAAUAAUGUCUGAAUUUCUACUUGUGCUCCCAAAUGUUUUUUCAUCAUUGUGGAAACUACAGGAUUCUGUCUUCAGUCCCCUACUUCCUGGCUCAUACUAAUUAUAUCAAGAGAUUUGUCCAGAAAGGGAGCUUUUUAUUUUGUUAUAGUUUAUUUUUAUACAAUAUUUUGUGGGACUUUCCUCAGCUUGUUUGCUUGAUUUCCAUUCCCUGAGUUUUCCUGCUCUGUUGCUUCCACCCCUUUUUAUUUUGUCUCAGAGGCAAGCGUUGCUUCCUGCUCGCAGUAAAAACAAACAUUUCCACAAUAGAAAUGCAUCUAAAUGCAGCUGAAAAAACUCUUGUAAUUCUGCACAAAGGGACCUAUUUUAGCAUGUUUCUUCACUGCUCCAUGACCAGUUAUUUUCUGUUCAUAUUGAAUAAGGAUGGUGGGCAGUGGCAAACAGAGAGCACAGUUGAGGUUUGAGUUUACUGACGCUUUUAUGAUGUAUCAUAUCUACAAAAGGAUUUAGUAUCCCACUUCCAAGUUCUCAAGUUGUAAUACAUGGCAGCAUAACUAUAAAGUAACUUUGAUCAUGAUUCCCUUUCUGAUUCAGAGAACGUUUGCCUCAUCUUUUGUAUUUUUCUCCCCCAUGAGUCUUUAUCCAAGUGUGAUGUUUGUAUUGCUGUAGGCAAAGUUGGAGGAGUAUUUUUGUCAGGUGUUUCUACAUCUGUAAUAUGCUGAUUGUUGUUGACAGAAUGGGAUUUGUGCCAUAUGUGUACUUUUUUGUUUCCUGGGACUUGAAGAUGGGGAAAUCUCAGCUUUUUAAGUUGAUAUGGUUGUAGCAGAGGUACCACACCCCACUGAGGUGGCGCUUUUACUAGAUUGUUUUACAAGAGUACCACCUUGUGGACAUGUAGAUGAUUGAACAGAAAAAAAAAAUGCACACAAAUGAUCCAAUCAGGAUGUUUAUUCAAGCGUGUAUUUGUGGAUAUUGUGCAUCAGUCAUUAUCUUGACUUUGAGUGCAAUCCAAACUGAUAAUUGAGUUUCAGCUUUCCUUUAACCCAGGGCUUGUAUGCAAUCUACCAAUCAUUACUCAACACAUGUAUGUGUUGGCACUGUAACUGACUUUUUUUUAAACUGAAAUGAAAUCAAUGAAUUGCUUUUACCUUUAGCAUCUUCAAAUGUAAUAAACUAUAUCAGUAUUUCCAAUG